GUUUAAUUGCUGUUGAUGGAAUGGGAUUUGUGCCAUAUGUUUGUUUUUCUUUCAGGGACUUGAUUUUGGGAAAAGCUUAAAGUCGAGGUUGAGGCUAAUCUACCACCCUCACCAAGGUGGGUCUCCUACUUUGUUGUUUGAUUAGAGCACCACCUUGUGGACAUGUUGGAAGCUAUGAAAAUGUAUUUAUCAACCAAACAGGUGCGAUCUUGAUGUGUCUUGGUUUAAUCAUGAAUAUUGUGCAUGAGGCUGGAUUACUUGAGUACUGUCUACAUCACACAGUAAGUGUUAAGUUUCAAUGUUUUCUUUUAUCCUGGGCUUGUAUGCAAUCUACCAAUUAUGAAUCGACACAUACGUGUUUGCAGUUAAUGUAACAGGAUCUUUUUUUCUUUAAGAAAAGUGAAUUUGCCAUUUCAUUUUAAUUAUAACGUUUCAAAGUGUAAUAAACUAUCAGCAUUUACACAAUUUAUGUUUUAGAUUCUUCUGUUAAUGCACUGAAAUUCAUGAUGUAUUGAUAUACUCUUCAGUUCCCAGUAAAGCCCCAUAACAUGACAUACAUUUACUGGCCAGGAGUGACUUCCGGUGUGGUCUUGUGCUGCUGUUGCCAAUCUGCUCCAAGGACUGACAUGUCUUCAGAAGGUCGAGGUUCAGCCACGAGCCCAUUACACCUGUUGUGAUGGCCAGCUCUGGGAUUCAGCUGCUGGGCUUCCUCCUCUCACUCGUCGGCAUCUCUGCCACUGUCGCCGCCACGUUCAUGGUUGAAUGGAAGAAACAGAUGGAGGGAGACAGUUACCGCAUCUAUGAGGGUUUGUGGAUGAUCUGCAGUGGAGAGGAAAGGACCACAUGUCAGUAUCACGAGUCCCUCCUGGAGCUGCCCAUUGAAAUCCAGAUUACCAGGUCAAUUAUGAUGCUCAGCAUCUGCCUCUCCUCGAUGGCACUGAUGAUCUGCACAGUGGGAAUGAAGUGCACACGCUUCAUGGAUGACAAGGCUAGGAGCAAAUCCACAAUAGCUAUGGUUGGAGGAAUGAUGAUCAUGAUCUCAGGUUUACUGGCUAUCAUCAUCACCUCCUGGUAUGUCAAAAUGAUUGUUGAUACCUUCCAUAUGUCCCAUCACCUGCAGAAGUUUGAGUUUGGUAAGGCGGUGUUUGUCAGCUUGGCUGGCGGCCUGCUCAUGAUGGCUGGCGGAGCUUUCCUGAGCUGCCGGCGAUGCUCACGGUCCGAGUUGCCCGUGUCUAACCACCACACUGACCUCUUCAUGCCCACCACACACUCCAAGUCCAACUAUGUGUAGUCAGGAAGGGUUGACACAGUCCAUGCAGCAGUUAAUACUUAGGGGGCAGAAACAUACUACUGUGGGAUUGAUGUGAACCACCUACUGUACAUAAUAAUAAUUACAGCCAGUAAUUACACAUCAUUUGUGCGUUUUAAUUAAAAAAGGGUGUUUUAAUGUUGACCUGUUUCCGAAUCAUGAUGUUUCUCUUCACAACGACCAUUGGAGAACAAUUGUUUUAGGAGUUUACAGUGAACACAAAUGUUUCUGUACUUCUACAGUCUACUGUAUGUCGUUUCUUUUUUGUUGUUGAGUUUUGAACUGUUUUGUUUUGUUUUUGUAACUCCUCCAGUUGUUUUUAUUACUGAUGCAAGUCAUUCUAUGGAAAGUUAAGAGUAUGUACAGUACAUUUUCAGAUUAAAAAAAUUAAUAAAAUAAUUCUG